ACCGUGUGUACCGUGAGCAACCACUCGUGGCCUGCCAUGGUGCGCUGACAUCGGUGUUAGCCAACCUCUGUUAUCUCUUAUCAUCCCACUUUAAACAAUAAACCAACACAUCGACCAUUUUUAAUUUUAGUUGCCCUUCUUCCCAUUCAUCCAUCCAUCCAUCCAUCAGCCCACCCACCCACUCUCCGAUCCAUCCACUUUAUCGCCCAUUAAAUUUAUUGUUACACGAAAAAGCCCGCGCCAAGUAGCCUGACAGUUAUCACUUGACAGAAUAAACCUGUCAAGUAUGAGGACACUAAUUGACAAGAUCAUGAUAUAGGGGACAAAGUAUUUCAAGAGUUAAUAAGUGAAGGUGUUAUCAGCCAACGGGUUACGAGUUUCAGUGCUGGCAGAUCAGACAAAUGUGCUUAGUCGAUAGUGUUAGAUAAAAUAUGUGAAGAGGCCUGAGGGCUCUUGAGUGUCCAAGGACAAGGAACCAAACGAUUCAGGAAAAUAAUUAUAUAUAUUCCGAUGAUGCGGGGGAACAGGAAGAGGAUGAAUCAUGAAAUCUCGGACGUUUGACGUUCGGACAGGAGAUUGAUAGCAAGUCUUAAGAAGCAUAAACUUAUUCACUGCCCCCGUUCACCAAGAUGGCGGACGAAAAAGACCAGACGUUUUUGGAGAAGCUGCUGUUCUACACAACCGCGUUCUUCAUCCUCCUUGGCACCUUCAGCCUCUUCGCCUUCCUCUUCUUGGUCCCCUUCGUCAUCGACCCCGCCUUCACCACAAUAUUUAUGGAUUUUGACACACGACCCGCCGAGUGUGUCACCAUAGACGUUGAGUCACGUAGAGGUGCUAGCAACUGUUCGUGGACCUCGUGUAGAGAAGGUUGUACCAAGGAACUUUAUGAUUGUACGCAAAUACGCGUUAAUUACAAACUACCAGUUAAUGAAACUCAGUUAGAUGGGACUGACAGGGAGGGCAGGGCGGGAGGAGGUGUCGAGGGUGACGAGGCCGGGUCCAAGUUGAGAUAUGAACGUUCGCCGAGGGAUUACAAUAAUUACAUCGAGGAUUUCGACGACGAGUUUGAUGAAGAUGACAAUGAUAAUAAUGAUGGACUGCCGAAACCUUUUCCUACAGGUCUUAUGGGCAACGAUUCCGAGUGGUAUUUCACUGGUGCUAAAUUAUUUCCCAAUGUAAAAGGCUGUGGAUACCCUCCAAUACUCAAUUGCAGUAUUUUUUACCGACAGUACACUAAAAUAGGACAUAAUUUUAGUUGUUACUAUUCUAAAAUUGAUCCUGGGAUUGUGUUGAGUGAUCUCGAUAUGUGGCAGGUUUAUAUGAACCUAGUGUUUGCGAUGGCAAUACCAAUACCGUCUUUCAUUAUUUCGGUGAUAUAUCUCACCUUCGCCUACUUCAAAAUUUACAACGAAGACGAACAGAUUCUGGUGGACAAGAACAGCGAGACGGGAGACAGCGGCAUGGUGGGUGACAAUGCCAACGGCACGCCGUUCCCGCCCACGAGCGGUGCCGUGACCCCCGGAAGCGAGGCCUUCAGAGAGGAUCUCGCGAGUUUCGGGCACCAGCUAAAGGUCGCCAUGGCCGAUGAGGUCAGUAGGGAGAGCCUCGAUGGGAUACCCAACUCAAUAUCUGCUCAAGGAAACUUGAGCAAGAUGAUGACGACGAGUAUCUUAACUCCAGCUGGGCCGACAGCAGCAGUCUGAAGCGUCAUUUCCAAGGUUUGAACAACAUUUCAUGGAAGCCCAAAUAGAUAAAGAAAAAUAUAAAUAAUAAAAUACAAUAAAAAGUUAUCGAUUUGGUUCCGCGGUCAAGAGGAACCCACUUGGCACCGGUACAAUCGUUUCUCUAGAUAGUUAUCGCGAUAAAAUCGAGAGCACUUGAUUGUACUCCCAAACAUUACGGAGUGAACCAGAAAAUACAUAAAACUACCGAAUAAAUAUCAGAGUCUCGACUCUUACCCCAUUGUACUCGAGAUUCCUCCGUUAUCUGAUAACCAUACGGGUAAAUAUGAGAAACAUAUUGGACAUUCAACGAAUUUUUCGAGUUUAAAUACCAAAUAAAAAUAUAAAUCAAGUGAUAUUCGUUGAUAACGCUGAGUAACGAUAAAAUAGGAUUUGACGUAUUGUUUUAAAUAAAUAUAUAUAUAAAUAAAUAUAAAUAAAAAUAAAUAAACGGUCUGGUUCACUCUGAUAUUAAAUUUUAUAAGAGAGUAUAAUUUGCAAUAUUCAUAUUUAAUAUAUGCUAAAAAUAAAUAAAUAAAUUAAUGCAUAAGAGAAUAAUAAAUAUAAAGAAUAAAUGAUUACUCAUGUUAAAAUUAUUAAAUAAACAUUUAAUAAUUCGCUUGUUGUGGGAUCAUACGCGUUCAUUCACCGGCAUCUUAGUAUCGAUAGUUAAUUUAUAAAAAUUCGCUCCACGCCACGAUUUAUAAAUACAAAUAUAUAUAAAUAUAUAAGACUAAAAAAGUAUCUUUAACAAUUGUAAUGCUCAUUACAAUUAAAACCACCAACAGUCCAUUGAAAUUUAUAAUUUUACUAAAAAAAUAUACUAAUUAAUUAAUUAAUUAAUCGGACAAAAAUUACCUUGACU